ACCCUCAAAGCCUCGGCGGCUCAAACCACACUUCCCAGCUCCUCCUCCUCCUCCUGCUCCAGCCGAAACAAUGCUGGGUUCCAAGACAUUGAUAUUCAAGAAGCAAAAACGAAAGAGAAAAAAUGGCAAGAGUAAAAAAUCAAAGAAAGUUUCAGUUUCCACAAAAGAAGAAGAAAGGGUUACCAAACAACACCAAAUAGCACCACAAGAAGAAGUUGAAGAAGAAGAUGAUGAGGGUUUCAGCUUGAAAGCCUCAGCACAAUCAGAUUCCCAUGGAGUUCAGCCACUUGGGAAUCUUUAUUUCAACCCAUCAUCUCAUAAUUCAAGAAAUACCGGCCUAGGUAAUCUCAAGACUUUAACUGAUGAACUUGUUCUUGAUAUUUUAGGCCUUUUAGAAGGUACCCAUUUAGGUAUUUUGUCAAAUGUAAGCAAAGGUUUCUAUAUUUUUUGUAACCAUGAACCCCUUUGGAGGAAUCUUGUAUUAGAGACUAGUAAAGGUGGCUUCUUUUUUAAGGGUUCUUGGAAGUCUACUUUUGUUAGUGCAUAUAAGCAGCCUUCAUUUCCAGUUUUGAGUUCUGGUUUGAAAGUUAGAGACUUUUAUUCUGAUUACUUGUUUCAGAGUUGGUUAUGUGCUAAUCUUGAAAUGAAACCUGAAUGGUUAGAAAAGGAUAAUAUUGUAAGGAGGAAAGGAAUUUCUGUUGAUGAGUUUGUUAUGAAUUUUGAGGAACCGAAUAAGCCGGUUUUGUUAGAAGGGUGCUUGGAAAGUUGGCCUGCAUUGGAGAAAUGGAAUAGGGAUUACUUAGCUGAGGAAUGCGGAGAUGUGAAAUUCUCAGUUGGCCCGGUGGAAAUGAAACUUGAAGACUAUUUUAGCUACUCUGAUCAAGCGAGGGAAGAAAGGCCGUUGUAUUUGUUUGAUCCAAAGUUUGCGGAGAAAGUUCCUCAGUUAGGAAAGGAUUAUGAUGUCCCUAUGUACUUCAAUGAGGAUUUGUUUAGUGUAUUGGGUAAUGAGAGGCCAGAUUAUAGAUGGAUUAUUAUUGGACCUGCAGGGUCCGGCUCGUCAUUCCACAUUGAUCCGAAUUCUACCUCUGCUUGGAAUGCAGUAAUCAAAGGAUCCAAGAAAUGGGUGUUGUUUCCACCUGAUGUGAUUCCACCCGGGGUUCAUCCAAGCCCUGACGGCGCAGAAGUAGCAAGUCCUGUUUCGAUAAUAGAAUGGUUCAUGAACUUUUAUAAUGCAACCAAGAAUUGGAAAAAGAGACCUAUUGAGUGUGUCUGCAAGGCCGGGGAAGUAAUCUUUGUACCUAAUGGAUGGUGGCAUUUGGUCAUCAAUUUAGAGGAUUCAAUUGCCAUUACCCAGAACUUUGUUAGCAGGAGGAAUUUACUGAAUGUUCUGGAAUUUCUAAAAAAGCCAAAUGCUUGUACUCUUGUGUCGGGAACAAGUGACAGAGUCAAUUUGCACGACAAAUUUAAGAAUGCCAUUGAAGCAUAUCUUCCCGGUACCAUUGAUGAGUUGACUCUGAAAGACGAGGAGAAAAAAGCCCAGCAGAAGAAACCUUCCUUCUGGGAAUCGGUCACCGAUUCCAAAGCAGGCGCUUUCAAAUUUUCUUUUUGAUGAAAGGCCAGUGAUGAGAUCUUCACCAGUUAGUUUCCAGGCAGUAGACUUUUACUAAUCUUUUGCGCCAACAAAUGAAGCUGCAUGAUCAAAACUUGGUCAUUCUUUACAUGACAAGAGGGAUUAUUAAGGCAGUUAUUGACAUUUUGGCAUCAGUUAUUCAUCAUUUACUGUUGUAAGCUCUGUUCCAUUUGCUGUAUCAACUACAUUUGCUGUCUGAUUUGCAGACACAAGGAGCAAAGGAAACCAAAAAAAAUUCUCUUUUUUUUUUUCUCUUCAGAAUUGUUUACUAAUCUAACUACUGAUCGUGUGUUGUACCUA